CUGACGGGACACGUUAGCUCACGCGGACAGACUCAGGGAGUGCUGAGUCGAAUAUCCUCUCUUCGUUUAUACCGACAGAGACCGGCGGCUUUUUUCACCUGAAACGGAGACCAAACACUAUACCUCGAUUUAGGGCGAUCCUGUCUCACUCCGAGAGGCGGGCUUGUUGUCGGAGACUGGGUGGACGUUUGCGUAGGCCAAAAACUGCGUAGCUAAGAUCUCUAGUUUGAACGUUAGUGUAAAUUCAAGACCUACGAUGGACCCGAGAGACACUGCCCCCGAUUCCUGGGAACAAGAGGACGAUGUGGAGGCCACAAUCGAAGGACAGCUUGAGCCAGCAUUCACUACCCUGAACGUCAAUGCUAAACCCUUUGUGCCCAACGUAAACGCCACCGAAUUUGUUCCGACCUUUGCCAUGAAAUCACAUUCGGAAAAUCUGGAUUUUCGUGUAGCUGGGGAAAACCAGACCAAGGCAGACGUCUCGCAAGGCAUAGUAGAGAACGGUGACACAGAGAUGACCAAAGAGGAGCCAUGGGACCAGAAGGAGACAGAGUCUAAUGAGGAGGAGCCAGGAGGCGGCUCUUGUGGAGACCGGGGGCCAGCUGUACCUGCAACAACAGAGGAGACUGCUCCUGAGAUAAUGGAGGAGGAGGAGGAGGUGCUGGCACCCAAGGUCCCACCUGUAACGCCAGAUGCCCCCAAGAAGGAGCACAUCAAUGUUGUAUUCAUUGGGCACGUAGAUGCUGGGAAGUCAACCAUUGGUGGACAGAUCAUGUAUCUAACAGGCAUGGUGGACAAGAGGACCUUAGAGAAAUAUGAAAGGGAAGCUAAGGAGAAGAACAGAGAAACCUGGUAUCUGUCUUGGGCUUUAGAUACCAACCAGGAGGAGAGAGACAAAGGCAAGACAGUGGAAGUGGGCCGAGCGUACUUUGAGACGGACAAAAAGCAUUUCACCAUCCUGGAUGCUCCAGGCCACAAAAGCUUUGUGCCCAACAUGAUUGGGGGAGCAUCACAAGCAGACCUCGCUGUUCUGGUCAUCUCUGCCAGAAAAGGAGAGUUUGAAACUGGUUUCGAGAAGGGCGGGCAGACACGCGAGCAUGCCAUGUUGGCCAAAACAGCUGGUGUCAAGCACCUGGUAGUUCUUGUGAAUAAAAUGGACGAUCCCACAGUCAACUGGAGUUUGGAGAGGUAUGAGGAGUGUAAGGAGAAGCUUUUGCCGUUUUUGAAGAAGGUGGGCUUCAACCCAAAGAAAGACAUUCACUUCAUGCCGUGCUCGGGGCUGACGGGAGCCAACCUGAAGGAGCCUGCAGAGAUGUGCACCUGGUACACAGGGCUACCGUUCAUUCCACAUUUGGACAAUUUGGCGAAUUUCAACAGAUCAAGCGACGGUCCUGUCAGAUUGCCUAUCGUAGACAAAUACAAGGACAUGGGCACAGUGAUUCUGGGCAAGUUAGAGUCUGGCUCCAUCAGUAAAGCACAGCAGCUGGUCAUGAUGCCAAACAGGCAUGUGGUGGAGGUUUUGAGUCUCUUGUCAGACGACGUGGAGACGGACGACGCUGUGCCGGGUGAGAACCUCAAACUGCGACUGAAGGGAAUAGAGGAGGAGGAGAUCCUACCUGGCUUCAUCCUGUGUAAUGCUGAGAACGUUUGCCACUCAGGACGCACCUUUGAUGCACAGAUUGUCAUUAUUGAACACAAAUCCAUCAUCUGUCCUGGAUACAAUGCAGUUCUUCACAUUCACACCUGCAUUGAAGAAGUUCAGAUCACGGCCUUAAUCUGCCUUGUGGACAAAAAGACUGGAGAGAAGAGUAAGACACGGCCGCGGUUUGUGAAGCAGGACCAGGUCUGCAUCGCUCGUUUGCGCACGGCAGGAACCAUUUGCCUUGAGACCUUCAAAGACUUUCCUCAGAUGGGACGGUUUACCUUACGGGACGAAGGUAAGACGAUCGCCAUCGGUAAAGUGCUGAAGCUGGUCGCUGAGCGGGACUGAAGACGACGGAGCUGUCUGACGAUCCUUUUGAGGAAUGGGCAGCGCUUGGCCGUGCCUCGCUCACUGUUGUCAGGGGUGACGGCACUUUCCUGUCAGGCCCUCAUUUAGCGUGCCGAAGAUCAGCUUAAGAGAAAAACUCCUGUGAAAAAGAACCUGUUUUUAAGCAAAUGACAACCGAGAUAAAGUCCAGACGAGUCAGCUUUCUCAUAUUGAGAGCUCAGCUAUGCCACCUUUUGAUUAGCCCCUACCACAUCCCCCAGCCUCCUCCUGGGUCUGCUCACCAUCAUAUUAUAUUUUUCCACUUUUUUUUUUCUUGCUUUAAUAAAUGACUGGCAAAUGGCAGAAGGUAUAUCUGUAAGCAGAUGUGGACCCCGAUGGAUUUGCUUGGAGUAUAAACAUAAUUUUCAAAAAGCAAAUUGCAAAAGAAAUAGUUUAAGAAAGAUGAAGCAGUUGGAACCAAAUGUAUCUGGGGUGUUCACGUCUCCCUUGGCUUCUGCCGAGUCUUUUGGUUUCUCGUGCCGUUCUGGCUGUCUGCUUGAGCGCGUUCAAAUGUUAUUAAAGCAAACAUUAUUACAAUAAAAUGGUACCUUGGGAAAA